AUGGAGCUCCAUACUGGCUUGAAGACAUGUUUCCUUAGGCACCAGAGUAGUUUACAUAAUGUUACGUUAGUGUGGACGUCCUUCUGUGAAGAAAGUGUCUCGUUUUUAGAGAGGAAAAUUGAGGUGCAGAGAAGUGCCUUAACCGCACAGAAAAAGACUAGAUGUGGGGUGAACAUCACGGAGCUGUUGCUGCCGCAGCUGGAGCUGCUCAAGAACCAGCUGGACCAGGAGGUGGAGUUUCUCUCUUCAUCCAUCGCGCAUCUCAAGGUUGUACAGACCAAAUAUGUGGAGGCCAAGGAGUGUCUGAAUGUGCUGAACAAGAGCAACGAAGGGAAAGAAUUACUCGUCCCAUUGACCAGUUCUAUGUAUGUACCUGGGAAGUUACAUGAUGUGGAACAUGUUCUCAUUGACGUAGGAACUGGCUACUAUGUAGAGAAGUCAGCAGAUGAUGCUAAAGACUUCUUCAAGAGGAAGAUUGACUUCCUCACUAAGCAGAUGGAAAAAAUUCAGCCCACUCUGCAGGAGAAGCAUGCCAUGAAGCAGGCUAUCAUGGAGAUGAUGAACCAGAAGAUUCAGCAGCUCACCGCGCUGGGGGCGUCCCAGGUGGCAGUGGCCAAGCCUGAGGGGGGGAGGGGGAGGGGUACCGAGGCAGGGGGGGCGGGAAACGAACCCAGAGCACGUGUACAGAGCCAAUAA